AUGUUUAAGGGAUCUAUUAAAAAAUAUAUACAGCGGGGAGUCAAGACUUCUCUCAAUCGAGCUAGUAUUCAAUUUGUGCGACUUCACCGAACAAAUAGUUUCCAAUUCUUGUAUAAAUUUCGCCGUUUGGUUUCAUCUCAAACACAUUAUGAUACGUUAGGAAUUAAAAAAUCCGCCUCGUAUAGUGAAAUUCGUUCAGCUUUUAUCGAACUAUCAAAAAAAUAUCAUCCUGACAAAAAUGACGGUGAUAUUGAGACGUUUACAAGGAUCAACGAAGCGUACUCUGUUCUCUCUCAAGAGAGAAGUAGACGAAUUUACGAUUCCUCUUUAGUAUCAAGAGCUAAACUAUUAUUUACUAACUCGCCAAAUGAGUAUGAUGUUUCAGAUUGGGAACGUAAUUAUAAUUACCACUUACGUUCUCUGAGUUUUGGGGAAAAUAAACGCAACACUAAAGGAAACCCUAAUAUAUCACGAUUGAUUUUCAUUUCAACAAUACUAUUAGCAGCAUUCAUCUACUUUAUUUCCAUAUAUAAAUUUAUUAAAAACAAACAAUGUACGAGCUUUUAUACUCGGGCAUACCAAGAACGAAUCAUCCAGUAUAAUCAACGUCGUAACGAUGGUUUGACAAGCUCAAAAGAAAAUCCAUAUGAAGAUCUCAAAGAUUGA